AUGGAUGCUCUGACCGCUCUGUCACUCGCCGGCACCAUCAUCCAGGUCGUCGAUUUUGGUGCCAAGGUAUUGCGAGGAAGUCGCAACCUCUACACCUCGGCCAGUGGGGCAUUGGAUGUGAACGAAGAACUCGAAUUAAUCACUCGGGACCUCUCUGUGUUAUCCAAGAAACUGUGGCACCCUCUGAAUGCUCCAAAUGUCGCCAAUUCCGAUCCCGACGCUCAUCAGUACGACAAUCUGCGAGAGCUUUGCGAUGGCUGCAAGCUCGUGGCUGAUGAGCUCCUCAUUGCUCUGGAAGACUUGAAGAUCGAGGGUGGCCAGACCAACAAGGCCUGGAAGAGUCUACGCUACGCAAUCAAAUCUAUCUUCUCCCAGAAGGAGAUCGAUUCACUAAAUGACCGCCUUGCAGCUUUUAGAAGAGCUCUGGAUACGCAUAUCCUUGCAGACUUGGGAAAAACGAGUACCAUGAUGGCGAUACAACAUUCGAAACGAUUCGAUGACCUUGACAGACGAACCCAGGAUAUUCUUGUAGCAUUGCUUGACCGACAGGAUCGACAGGAUUCUCUGGCGAGAGACCUUCAAGCCCAAACAACGGCAGUUGCCCAAAUGCUCAAUCGUACCGAGCUUCUUGUGACAGCUCGAGGACAAGCGGGGAGAAGUGUGGUUAUCCAUGCAUUGGGGACACCAAGUUUUCUGGCGAAAGCAAAGGAAUACUGUGCCAUACCCGAGGAGGCGGACCAGGUAGAUCAAGCGAGGAGUGAGGAAGAGCGUAUUAAGCUUGCUGUUCAGAAAAAUAUCUUGCAAUGGCUUUACUUCGAAUCCAUACGGCGGCGCCAGGAAGAUGUUUUCGAGGCUCAUGGAGACACAUUUUCUUGGUUCCUUCGCCCAUCUUUCACCCCAACGGGUAAUGCCAAGUCAGACUCCCCGAAAACCGCCAAUUUUGUUCAGUGGCUUCAGAAUGGCCGUGGGAUUUAUUGGAUCAACGGCAAGGCUGGAUCAGGAAAGUCUACCCUAAUGAGAUACAUCUGUGAGUCCGAGGCAAUGAAAAGCGCGGUUCGUACCUGGGCUGGAUCGGAAGCCUUGUGUAUCAGCACUUUUUUCUUUUGGAAUGGUGGCAGUCGCGAUCAGAGAUCUCAAAUUAGUCUUUUGCGAGCCAUUCUGUACGAUGUCCUAAGUAGUCAUACCGACCUUAUCCCAAUAAUUAUGCCGGGCAUCUGGGCAACAUCCUACAAUGAAGCGGUUCUAGAUUCCCUACUCGAUAGAGAUGUGAGGUUCUCUCUAAAGUUUUUGGUUGAGACUUUUCAGCAGCUCGUUAAACAGAAGACCAUUAGUCUCAAAAUAUGUUUAUUCAUAGAUGGACUAGAUGAGUAUGAAGGGGAGCCGGCAGAUCUGAUUGAUCUUUUCGCUGAUAUAAUGACGUCCGAUAAUAUCAAGGCAUGCAUAUCUAGCAGACCUCUAGUGGCAUACGAACAGGCUUUCUCACCCUUCUCGACAAUUAAACUUCAAGACCUCAAUUAUGGAGACAUCAAACUCUAUGUUGAUGACAAUCUUAACGCAAACAAACUUUUUCGUCGACUUGCUCUCCAAGAACAGGAAAAAGCACCUGCCCUUGUUCGUGAAAUAGUGGCAAAGUCAGAUGGUGUGUUUCUCUGGGUAGUGCUUGUGGUCAGGUCAAUUCUAGUAGGAUUAGGAAAUCGGGAUGAGAUAGAAGACCUCCAACGACGGUUAGAAGAACUUCCUUCAGACCUCGAAAAGUUGUUCGACAAUAUGCUUAACCAACGAAUUGAACCUUUUUAUCAGAAAAAGGCCGCAGGGCUUUUCCAGAUAUUUCGAAUCUCGACACAAGUCAACAAUCGUCUUGAGAGUCAUGGCGACAACCAAUGGCCACUCACGUUACUUGCUCUAUCGUUUGCCGAUGACAAUGAUCCCGACUAUGUUAUGAAAGAGGAAAUUGCGCCGCUACCACAAUCAACUAAGGUGUCUCGCUGUGAAGUAAUGGAAGACCGCCUGAAAACCAGGUGCGCCGGCUUGUUGGAGGUUCGAGGCCCAGGAGCUGAUGGCUAUCGAGCCAUUUCUGGAGUGGAAGUAGCCAAGUCAGCGGGCAUUGUACAGUAUUUGCAUCGCACCGUUAAAGACUACCUCCAAAAACCAGAUAUCUGGUCAGCAAUCACAGCAAAGACGGACGGGAUGGAGUUCGACCCUCAUAUUUCUAUGUUGAAAUCUUGCAUUCUUCAGAUAAAGACAAGUGAUUUCACAACAGCCGCUCUUCCCGAUGAACUAUGGCGUUGUGUGGCUCUAGCUUUGGAACACGCCCGCCAUGCUGAAAUGGACCAAGGCAUCACCUACAUUCCACUGCUGGACCACCUUGACAACGUCAUGAAGUCUUUGAUAGGCAACAAGUAUCCCGGCCAUUGGUCGAGAUAUUAUAAAGAAAAACAUGAACGCCCGUUCGAAUGGGAUGACAACUUUGCUGCACUAGCUGUCGAGUACGGGUUAUGCAACUAUCUUGACUAUAAAUUUCGACAGUUGAACGAAAAAGCAUCGGACAAGUCCGGCCGUCCACUGCUUGACUACGCUAUUAGCACAGACCCAAGCGGGCAGCGAUAUCCGGUGAGCGCAAAAGUCGUCGCUCUCCUACUCAAACAUGGUUCCAAGCCCAACCAGAGCUACAAGGGCAGGACUCCUUUUGAGAAUUUCCUGUAUUUUGCAUAUAGUCUUCAGUUCCUCGGGUUCCAGAGGAAAAAGCCAAGACGAGUGGAUAUCCUCGAGGUCUUGUCGUUGUUCAAAUCGUUCAUUGAGUAUGGGGCGGAUCUCAAAACCACUUUUAAAAUGACUUGUUUCUGCGCUGGUAUCCUGAAGAGUCAGCAGACCUUCUGGCUCUGCUUGAACGGCCUGAGAAUAUUCAAUUAA